UGAUCAUUAGUACGCUGAGCGAUGACUAUUAGAGCGUUUCACUUACCAGCGGCUCCUCCAACGAGCUCGUGGGAGAACUUGGCCUCGUGCUCUACAGAAAGUAAAAGGUAGAGGGAGCUCAACAUUAGUAGGCGCCUACGACAGUGGGUGACUUGCGCUGGCACGCAUGCUCACCUUGGCCAGAGUUGUAGACGUCAGAGUGGCUUUCGUGCGAGAAGAAUCCCAUGUUGGCUGUUGUAGAGUGUGAAGUUGGUAGUGUAGAGAAGAAGGAGAGACAGAGGUUUUCAGGAACAAGGUGUGGGCUCUAUAUAUACAUUCAACGCUGUUUGGGGGCCCAGUGCUGGUGCUUCCAAAGCCUUCCGAGGUGGGAAGUAGGGAGGGGGUCAGUGUGGCACCUCCACCCAAGGGCCAAUGCGACGACGCCCUUCCAAGGGCCAAGGCAAGGCUAUGCCAGCUCAUGCUUUCAAAUGAUCGAGGCAGUGCCCCUCGUUGGUUGGACUCCUCUGCCCCGACAUGCCUCCCCCUCCUCCACACACGCCGACUAUGUUCCUGUGCUCAGCCCCCCCGGACAUCGGCAAAGGCACAGGGCAGGAGGGACAUCGUCGGGCAUUGCUGCCAGGCCACGGACCUCCAAGGGGGGAACAAGCGACAAGCGCCCUUGCGCCCGCCCUUACGCGCUCCCUCGCUCCCUCGCUCCCUCGCUCCCAACCAACACCGCUGCCGAAGUCGGCGAUUCCGCCACUUCAGAUGCCGCCGGCAGCCGGCAGCUCAACUCGGCAGGCAGGCGGGCAGGCCGGCAAGACAGGAAUAGCGUGCUCACAGCGCAGGGCAAGGCGCGGACAGAGGCACAGAGAGAGGGGCAGACCUCGGUAGGCCUCGAUACGAGAAGUCGAGCUCUAAUUCCUUUUGCCAAGGCCAGGUCAGGAGGAUGUGGUCUAUCGUUCUACGCCUAUGAGAACGACAAGUAUGCAUGAGGGGCCUUCAAGGAGAGCUGAACGCGGCAGGAACACCGGAGCGGAGCCAGACGCGCUUCAGCCUGAGCCGCCUCGCGAUCUGACCUCCACUCCAAU